ACCUUUGCCACGCUCCGAUUGUCACCCGCCGCUGGGCGAGCCUUGGGUCGGGCACAGUUCGAUACUCCCACUCCGAUACAGGCCGAGGCUUUGCCGAGACUCGCGCGUCAACGCGAAUCAUUGCUACUGCACGCCGAAACGGGCUCGGGGAAAACCUUGGCCUACGUAUUGCCCAUUACUGAACGAUUGUGGCUCGAGGCGACACCCUCGGGCUGGGAAAGCGGCUCUUCCUCGUCCGAUACGCCCUCCUUUGCUGUUAUUCUGACACCCACACGGGAAUUGGCUGCCCAGGUA